ACCGGACUCGGUAUGUAGGUGGAAAUAACGAGGGGAUUAAAAAUCACCCAAGGAUGGAAACCGAUAAUUAGUCAGGAAUUAAUAUGUUCUCCUGUCGGUCGGCGUCAAGAGGAGAGGGACACCUCGCCGACUGGGUAUAAAAAGGCCAAAGAGGAGGUCAGAUCGGCGUACUCUACACUUGGGCUUUGCCGCGCCGAGGGUAAGGGCUGCUCUUUUUCUGCCGCCAUGUCUUUCCGACUUUCUAGUGGGUCCAGGAGGAUUUGCUCCAGGGCUGGUGCCGGGCCUGGGAGACUUUCCAAUACCGGCACGGGCCUGGGAGCCGGGAAUGGCUGCGGGGUAGCGGGCGUCGGGAACGGCUUUCCUUGCGCUUUCGGGGGCGGUCCGUCGGGGGGAGGUUUUUGUGGCGGUGGGGUUGGGGGCUUGGGUGGCGGGGCUUGCUCCGCUUUCAUCGGGAGCGAGGGCGGGCUCCUGUCCGGCAACGAGAAGGUGACCAUGCAGAACCUGAACGACCGGCUGGCCUCCUACCUGGACAACGUGCGGGCCCUGGAGGAGGCCAACGCCGACCUGGAGCAGAAGAUCAAGGGCUGGUACGAGAAAUUCGGCCCCGGCUCUUGCCGGGGACUCGACCACGACUACAGUAGGUAUUUCCCAAUCAUCGAAGAGCUUAAGAACGAGAUUGUUUCCGUUACCACCUGCAACGCCACCAUAGUUCUGCAGAAUGACAACGCCAGGCUGACAGCUGAUGACUUCAGGCUGAAGUAUGAAAACGAGCUGGCUCUCCACCAGAGUGUCGAAGCUGACAUCAACGGACUCCGCAGAGUGUUGGACGAGCUGACGCUCUGUACCACGGACCUGGAGAUCCAAUACGAGACCCUCACCGAGGAGCUGACCUAUCUCAAAAAGAACCACGAGGAGGAAAUGAAAGUUCUCCAGUGCGCGGCGGGUGGGAACGUGAAUGUGGAAAUGAACGCGGCCCCGGGGGUCGAUCUGACCGUCCUGCUGAACAACAUGAGGGCCGAGUACGAAGAUCUAGCCGAGCAGAACCGCAGGGACGCCGAAGCCUGGUUCAACGAGAAGAGCGCUUCCCUGCAGCAGCAGAUCACCGACGAUGCCGGGGCCACCGCCACCGCCAGGAACGAGCUCACGGAGUUGAAACGAACGCUCCAAACCCUGGAGAUAGAGCUCCAGUCGCUCUCGGCCAUGAAACAUUCCUACGAAUGCUCCUUGUCAGAGACGGAAGGAAACUACUGCAUCCAACUGACGCGGAUCCAGGCUCAGAUCGAGGCCCUGGAGGACCAGCUGCAGCAGAUCAGAACCGAAAGCGAAGGACAGAAGCUGGAGUACGAACAGCUCUUGGAUAUUAAGAUCUAUUUGGAAAAGGAAAUCGAAACCUACUGCUGCUUGAUAGAUGGAGAAGAUAAAGCAUGCAAAUCGUCGUGUCUCAAGUCGAAAGGUUAUGUCCCCGGAGGUUCAGGAAGUCAAUCCAAAGACUCCACACAGACCACCGUAGUGAAGACAGUAGUUGAGGAGCUAGAUCAACGUGGUAAAGUUGUUUCGCUGAGAGUUCAUUCAGUCGAAGAAAAAUCCUCGAAGAUAAGCAACAUCACCAUGGAACAGAGGGUCCCUUCCUAAAUGUCUCGAAGGAAACGAGUGAUUGAAGAAGCCUCCUUCGCCCCACGUUACGGAUUCGAUCACCCCUCAAGCUAUUUCUGUUCCUCAAUCGAAAAUGUCUAGACAUUACUCUCUUUUCUGCCUCUUUCCUUACUCUUUCCGUGGAUUCUUUAGGAUCACCAGAGCCUCAAUCUGUUUCUGUCUGUGGCUGUUUCAAUAAAUAUUCUCCGGUUGCAAGUCA